AUGCCUCAGAGGGCCGAUCACUGCUGCUGCACCAUGAGGGCUAAAGCUGCAGACAUGCACAGCAAGGACUGUGUCAAAGUGGCCGUCAGAGUCCGGCCCUUCAACAAGAGAGAGAGGGACGCAGGGAGCCGAUGUAUUGUCUCCAUGGUGACGAGCUCCAUCACCAUCCAGGACCCUCGUGAGUCCCAGAGCCGCCGCUCGUUCUGUUUCGACUACGCCUACUGGUCCCACAGCGGCUUCACACGGGACCGCGGGGGCCUCUACGUCCCCGAGGAGCCGGGGGGGCGAUACUCCGACCAGGACAGUGUGUUCCAGGACCUGGGAGAGGGCAUACUGGAGAAUGCACUGCAGGGUUACAAUGCCACUCUGUUGGCCUACGGGCAGACCGGCUCAGGGAAGAGUUACUCCAUGGUGGGCUACGGGCCCAACAAAGGCCUGGUUCCUAAACUCUGUGACCGGCUGUUUCAGGCCAUCAGAGAGAACCAGGACACCAGACAGUGCCAGGUCUUUUUCAGCAUGUUGGAGAUCUAUAAUGAGCAGGUGGUUGACCUGCUGUCCCGGGGGUCUCGUACUCCGGGGGGGCUCAGAGUCAGAGAGGAGCAGCAGAGAGGUUUCUAUGUGGAGGGUCUCCGGACCGUCCCCUGUGACAGCGCACCGCAGGUGGAGCAGCUGAUGGAGCAGGGGACCAGGACCCGGACCACGGCGGCCACUCACAUGAACGCCAAUAGCAGUCGCUCACACAUGCUCAUUAUCCUGCAGCUCAAACAGAUCUUUUCCAAAGAGAGCAUCACAAAGCAGUCGAACAUCAACCUGGUGGACCUGGCUGGCAGUGAGCGCCAGAGGUCGUCGGGGUCGGAGGCGGACCGACUGAAGGAGGGCACAGCCAUCAACCUGAGCCUCACCACCCUGGGAAACGUUAUCAGCUCCCUCGCUGACGUGGCGGUGGGGAAGAAGGUGGUCCACAUACCGUACAGAGACUCAGUCCUCACCAAACUGCUGCAGUCCGCCCUGGGAGGCAACAGUCGUACUGUCAUGAUUGCCACGCUGAGCCCUGCUGAUAUCUGCUAUGAGGAGUCGCUCUCAACCCUGCGCUACGCUGAGAGAGCAAAGCGUAUCCAGAACCGAGCCGUGGUGAACGAGAGCCCGACUGAGCGUCUGGUGAAAGAGCUGAAGGCCGAGAACGCCCGGCUGCUGCAGAGACUGAGCCGGCUGGGCCAGGAGGGCCGCAGGGCCAACGACGAGACCAAGGAGCUUCGCCAGCUGCUGACCCACAAUGAGCUCCAGAUCAGAGCCAUUCAGACUCUGUGGGAACAACAUCUGCAGGAGGCGCUGAAGGACUGGGAGCAACAGUAUGCUAACAUCACACAGGAGCGCAGGAUGAUGCAGAUGCAUCCCUACAUCCUGAACAUCAACGAGGACACUCAGCUGUCGGGGGUGGUGAAGCUUUUCAUUCAGGAGGGUGAAUGGGACAUCGGCCUGUGUGACUCCACCCCGAGACACAUCUCCAUCAAGGGCUUAGGGAUCCAGGAGCGUCAUUCUGUGUUCAGGAAUGAGCAGCGCCGGGUAACACUGACCCCGGUGGCAGGGUCAAAGGUCAUUGUCAACGGCAACUCUGUCUCCCAGACAACUGAGCUGCAGCACCUGGACCGUCUGAUCCUCGGCUCUAACUGCACCUACCUGUUCAUUGGUUUUCCCUCGGAGAGAGGCGGGGACGACUGGAGUCGCUAUGACUACGACUACUUCCAGUCCGAGCUGGCUGCGGCUGAGGGAAUCCACCUGGGUGAGUCCAGCGCUGGCUCCAGUCAGACGGACCCCAGCCUGCUGGCCGUCUUCUACGACUUCAUCAAACUGAUGCCCAUGGUGGCCGAGGCCAACCAGAUGAGCCAGGAACUGAACAAGGAUGUUGAGUUUAAGUUGGAGAUCAAGAAUCUGGCGCUGUCAGAUUCAAAAGGCCACGAUCUGAAGAAGGAGAUUGUUAUCAGAGUCACCGCUGUGGGAAGAAAACAGGUAUGGAUGUGGUCCAAGACCAAGUUUGUGAACCGUAAAUUCCUGAUGGAAGACGCCUACCAGCUGCAUCAGGCUGAGAAGAGCAGAGACAAUAUAGCAGAGGGUCUGUCUACAGCUGCGUUACCCAGAGAUGAAGACCCUUUCUGGGACCCUGUGGAGCCGCUGCUCCUGGGCUCCGCUCACCUCUGGCUUCAGUCCCUGGCCUUCCGCAUCCCUCUGGAGGAGCAGCUGGAGGUGCUGGGGUCAGAGGGCACGGAGGAGGCUAUACUGCAAGCUCAGCUGGUCCCCUGCACUUCCACAGGACUCGCUCAGGGUGAGGACGACAUCCUGAUCGACCCGUCUGAGUUACUGGGUCGACGUCUGGACUUCCAGCUGGUUCUGGAGCAGUGUUGUGGCAUCCGCUGGAUCCGAGAGGCCCGGGACAGAGGGGUCCAGAUUGGUUUCAGGUUGUUUGACUGCAGCCAUCCUCUCUACUCUCCGGCCGUGUGGCACAACGUCAACCCUCUGUUGGACCACAGAGUUCACUUCGCCUCGCUCCACACCUCCCAGCGUCUCUUAGACCACCUGCAGAGCAGCGCAGUGGUGCUGGAGCUCUGGGGCCUUCAAGAGGGUUGUACUGACCUGGUAUCAUCUCUGGAGGGAGUGAGGAUGACUGCAGAGGGCAUCUUCAUCAUCGAGGAGGCAGGCCCAGCUAACCCUGCACCUGUAGCCUCUGCAGAGAUCAGCUGUUCAGUGAGAGCUCUUCAGCAGGAUAUGGAGGAACUGAAGAGUGUUAACUCGUCACUGAGAAAAGAAAAUCAUAUUCUGAGAGAACAACUCAACGCUGCCAGGAAUGGUGGAGAGGGGGUGCGGGGGCGCUCGGUGCGUCCCAGCUGUGAUGCAGAGUUUGCUCGCUCUCUCAAGGUUUUCUACCACAGCAUGACCUCAGUCAGGGGUCAGCUGCAGCGGCUGCGCAGACACAGGCCCAGUGAGGACUCCGACCUGCUGGGCUUCAGGCUGUUUGUGGACGAGCAGAGUCGUCUGCUGCGGGAUUUCUCCGAGCAGCUGGAGCAGAGCGUCUCUACUCUCAAACAGGAUGUAGCCGCCAUCGUCCGCCGGAAACGAGAACGCUCGGGUAUCUGGUCUUGACUGAUGAACCGUUUACAGAUUUUAACAAAGUGUUAAGAAGGUGAAUGCAUCUGGACUUUCUUUAUUUUACAACACUGUAGUUUUCAAAUGUGUGUAGGGUCGCUUUAAAGAGCUCAAUCUAAAACCACAACAUUAUGCUAUUAGUAAAACCAGCUUAAGAACUAUGGUUACAAAAGGCAUGCACUUAAAGUAAGUUAAAUGUAAUGAUACACCUGCAACAGUGUUACCAAGCAUGUUAUAUUAUGUGUGUAAGAUGGGUCACAUUUGAUUUUUUACUGAAGGAGCAGCAGUCUCUAUUAAAGUGAAGGCAUUCAAGAUUAGUCGGCAGGAAUCAAUCGACAAGUGAGUUCAGUGUUAAAAUAAUAACAAAAGCAUUUAAGUCUAUAAAAAGUUUAUUAGACUGCAUUUCAAAUAGGUCAGUACAGUCCAAACUGCAAAUAAAUUAAAAGGCAAAUACAACUCAAGUUUCAGAAUUCACAAUAUUAUUAUAUUUCUUUCAACCGUCUUUGAUAACAAGUCAUUUUUUCAAGAGACUGCUGUUCACUCUGAAGCUGUAUCAAAGCAUAACAAGAAGCAAGGAAAGCUCUUCCUCCUUAUGUCUCAUUACGGGAGGUUAUUAUGAAUUAUUAGCUGAAUUAAGAUGAAGUGUUUUACACAGAUUCACUUGUUCUAACGUCCAAUUCAGAGGUUAAAGUAAAUGGUGUUAAGCAGUCACAAAUCGCAACAGGACAGACUGUUGCUGUAGGUCCAAAUAAAGAUGAGCGUGGGCACAUUUACAAGAGGAGAGGCAGAAGGCAGAUGUGAGGCAGGUUAGUCAUCAGAUGACGGAGAGUCUAUGUACAACAGAGACAGGCAGGAGGUUGGUCAUUAGAACAUAUAAAGAUGUCGACAUUUACAGACGGGAGGAGAGAGGCAGCAGUAAAGGUCCGGAAAAUGAUCCAAGCCUGUUUGAACGGAGGAGGUAGACUGGAGAAACACAACGCCAACUGUGGGGAGGACAGACGGGUAUCCUACUGAAGGAUGUGUGUAGAGAAUGUGUGUGUAGAGAAUGUGUGUGUGUGAGAAGGCAGAACCCACGAGUCAAUUGUAAAAUGACAUUUUACUGAAGUUAAGGUUGUUCAGAAAUAUGCAAAACGAUUUAUUCUGAACUGGUUUUUUGUGUUGACAUUUUGACUAUUUCCUUUACAGAAAUGUGUGUGUGUGUGUGUGUGUGUGUGUGUGUGUGUGUGUGUGUGUGUGUGUGUGUGUGUGUGU